CCCCAUUUGACCACCACCACCGGAUAAAAUGAUGACUCGGAUGGAGUGCAAGUUUGAACAAUCAUAACAACCAGAAUCAAUUUCUCAGGACUUACGAACAUAAUCCAGUUAAUCACUCCCUGAAGGUAAUCCAACAGCGCAAUGGCCUCACCCGACAUACACCACCACGGGCAUUCUGACCCCAAUCCCGACUUAUUACACCCACCAGGCCCUGCUUCACCUCUUCAACCACAGGAAGAAGCAAAAAGCUCAUCAUCGCCAUUACAAUCACCACAAACCUCCACAACGCCGGCCCUCCACCUCCCCACCUCCCGACAAUUCCUCACCUCCCUCAUAACCGCCAUCUCCAACAUUCCUCUGCUCGACGAGCCACCUAUCCAGAUACACAAACCCGCACCCGGGCCCGGGUCCAAACCUCAACCCAAAGCCGCCGAUGUACCACCAGCAACAGAAGAAACAGAAACGACAAUCAGGAGGAAACAACUACUCCAGAUCCUCAAAGAGGAAGGUGACGAAGGGAAGAAAGAAGAAGAAGAAGAUGAAGAUGAUGAUGAUGAUGACGUAACCAUCAGGAACAAGAAGAACAUGAACAAGAUAAAGAUUCCUGCUGGAGGUCAAGCGAAUCCCCUUAAGCUGGUACCGCCUGAAUACCGACAUUUGAUCAUCACCCUACAUGUCCUCUUUCCGGGGGUGGUGUUGCCAGGGUUGGAGGUUUUGGAGCGGGGGUUGGUUGAACGGGUCAUUUUGAGGAGGUGUGCUGCUGGGGAGGGGGUAGCGGCAGCGCUAGUGAAAGAGAAGAAGAAGAAGGAGGAGGAGGAGGAGGAGGAAGAGGAGGAAGGGAGGCAGAAGGAGCAGAUGAAAGAAGAGAAUAUGAAUAUGGAUGUGGAUGUGGUCAUGGAAGAAGGGGACGACGACAACAAGAAGAACGACGACGACGACGACGACGACGACGACGACGACGACGACGGGGAUGUAACAAGUCCGCCGCCGGCGGCUGAGGAUGAGACCAAGGAUGGUGGAAAGGCUAAAAAGAAAAACCACCACCACAAGUCACUACUGGUGGAGGAGGAGUCCACGACAGAAGCAAAAGUCGAACAUCAUCCCCGGCCACGGCCACCUCCAGAGUUCUAUCUGGUACGCUCUUCCCAGUUCCUCAACGUCCACCCGAAGCGGAAACGAAAGUAUCCAAGUAGCAAUCUCUCCGGGCUGUAUGGAGACGCAGCAGACACCGAGGGUAUCCCAUCAGGUGGUGGCGGCGGCGAAGCAGACCGAGAGCGAGACUACCGAAUACAGCGGUACAUGGUUAGCCUGGAGGCAUGGAACUGUACCUGCGCUGCGUUUGCGUUUGCGUGUGUCUCGGAGGCAGAAGCAGGAGAUGAUGCAAAAGAAACAGGAGGAGAAGAGCUACAAGAAAAGAGAGAAAGAGACAACAAAGGAAGUGCAGGCUGGACCUUUGGCGGGAUGACCCUCUUCAAUGUCGGAGAUCACUCGAGCGUACCGCCCGUUUGCAAACACCUGCUGGCCUGUCUGUUGGCUGAUAAGUGGACGAGGGCGUUGGGGAGGUAUGUGACAGAGCGGAUGGUGAGUAGAGAGGAAAUGGCCGGCAUUGUUGCUGAUGUAUAG